AUGAACGAACGGAUUGUCGACAAAUUUAAUGCGCUCUACCAUGGAUACAGGUAAUAUAACACAUACGCUGACAUUGUCUUCUUAAUUAAUAUUUUUUUGCUUGAAUAUGCUAAUUAUAUUGCGAACCGGUUUCGCCGUACAUCCUGGUAAUUAUUGAGUUAAUUUCAGCGCCUAUCAUCAACUUUCGGUGGAUUGCCGAGGUGGAUUAAGUUCCCAAAGACAGGUCAGUCCGGUUUCAGUCCAAUAAAUUUGCGGUUUAAUGAGGGUCGUCAUUAAUUAUGAAGGGAAAGUGAGGAGUCAAUCUUGUCUGCUGGUGGGAUUGUAUGUUUUUUCGAAAGAUUCUGUCUUUUGUCUUUGGAUUUACUAUGAUUCACGGUGCUUUGGUUUCCAAAAAAAAAAUUUUUUUGAAAAAAUUCGUGAAAGGAAAUUGGACAGCUCUUACAGUAGAUUCGGACUCGAGCAAGCCUAAAAUAACUUCCAGUUUUCAAAGAACGUCCAGUGCUCUGCCUUCCGUGACACACCUUCCCAACUCUGCGUGACCCAUUUUACCCCUCCCAAAUUGAAUUUUGUGUAUAAAUAUUUUCGCGCCACUGAAAAAACGUUUACUCACGACUACCCCCAAUCAAAGCCUAAUAAAAAACUUGAAGAAAAUAAAAACAGAAGCCCCACUCUUCCCUUCCAUUUUACGACUUUUUACUCACCCACACUUUGGCUUUUUUUACGUUGUUAUAGACACUUGUAAGUAGCCGCCUUUGUAAAGAGAUUUGAUUCCAGGAGGCGAGAGCGUUGGAGGAGAACCGGGAGCUGUAUGCACACUACGUUCAUCGACUCCAUCGGCUUCAGGAACGGAUCCAGAGGGUCAUGGACAAUGGUGAGUGCGGGCUCGGCGGGGGUUGGCAUGUGAUUAGACAUUAAGUAAAUGAAGGCUGGAACCUGACGAAAGGCCCGUCUUGUCUCUACAAAAAACAUUGUUUUACUUUAUUCCUGAUUCAUUUUGGGAUUCGGAAAGUUUUCUUUCUCCUUUUCGGAUCGGCCAACUCUUCCGACAAAAGUUUUGGGCCAAAGUCUGGCCUUUUGUACGAUGAUUUGACCGAUAGAAAGACCAUAAAGGCCCCUGAGAUUGAAUGGUUAGCCCUGUUGGCUUCAUUUCCCUAGGCGAUUUUACGAGCUGAUUGAUUUCCAUAAAUCUAAAUUUCCCCGGGAAUAUCGUGACUCUAUAAUCGUUUCUGGAAUGACCAAUACGUCCACAGGGCUUACGAAUUCCAAGAGUUGUCCAACUCUCAUGACUCAAGUCCCCCCUUUCUUCAAAUUCCUCGCUUCUUUGAGCACGCAAAACUUUUGAGUUCGUUAGUCGCCGAGAAUGGCGUUAAUGCAAGAGCGGCGCUGUAUUCAAUAGAAUGGACCGAGGUCGGGAUGGAUGAAAACGCGAACUGUCCGAAUGGCCUUGCCCAUUCCCUAAACACGGUACAGGUUCAUUGCGUUUUUUGUGGGCUGCGAAAAUGUUUUUUCCGAGUUUUUUUCCUGGAUUCCAAAGAUUGGAAUUCCAUCGGAUCUUUUAAUUAAAAAUUUCGAACGGAAAAUAAGUUUUCGGAAGGGGCGCAAGGAUGGGAGGGGUGAUUAGAAAGUGGGUAAACUGUUUUUUGAGUGACUUGAAGAUGAGAGCUGACGGGAAAUUCAGUUUCAUUAGGGGAUACUCGUAAUUAUUGAAUGACUUCUUGUGUAAUUUUUGCAAAAGAAUCUUUUGUAGGCAAAAAAUUUGUAUUACAGUAGGCAAAAACUGCUCAUUUCUAGAUUAAACUUCCUCUUUGUAUGUGGACUUUGAUGCAAAAAAUCAUAAGAAGAAAGUGCAGCCCAUUUUUUACCUUCUCCUUUUAUAACUACCAUUAAAUCUCCCAAGUUGAGUGUUUAAUGUGAGUUUAACCGCCCUUUACGUACCACCUAUUACCCAUCGUAUAUUCACGUUAUCAUUUUACCCCUUGGUUUCUGGAAUCACUCCCAGAAACAGCUCCAAAAACAAGACCAUAAAAAGUAAAGGGGCUAGUGAAAGUUUACGAUUUUUUGUGCAACUUGAUGGAUCGACCGAUUCCUCAGAUUCCUUUGCGUAUUUCUUAUUAGUAAAAGUUUCUCUGGAUAUCCUUUUACUUUUUUACGGGGUCAGUCGGUCAAUUAAAAGAUGCGUUUUUUAAGUCUCGAAGGGAUGAUUGCUGCGGUUAUGGGGAUGGGAUUUGGCGGUAAAAUAAGGAUUGCGACUGAAGAUCUGAAACAUAUAGGGAUUGAGGAUUGGUUAUCUUGAUUUUCAAAGAGUCUAAACUCCAGGGGAAAGCUUGUUGCUUGGAUAGACAGUACUUUAAAGUGUCAGAGACAGUUAGACUGUGGAAUUUUUAUUUCUGGAAGAGCGGGUUUUAUUUAACUAAUCAGCUCUGCUAUGACUAAUAAAACAGUUGAGCUAGCCUUAAAAAUUCAAAAUUGCUGGCGAAUAGUUGGAUUGGUAUUGUAAUUACCGAAAUAGCUAUCAAAUGAGUGGAUUUACGUAAGAUCUGCAGGUAGAUGAUUUGGCCACCAACCCAGCUUUAAGGCUAGCCGUUUAUAAGGUCUCAAAGCCACUCUAACUCAUUGGCUAGAUUGAUACAAGCAAAACUUUUGAUCCACAAACAGCCCUAAUCAACAGGUCGCAGAAUCCUUGCAAUUUUUUGCAUAACAAUCGAGGUAAUUUGUCUCAAGUUUCAUCACAACUUAUGUGCCGCACUUCCCCUGCUCUUCUACCUCACAAAACUCGCCGCGCAGGCACGGGUCAGGUUUUAUGAUACCUCAAGAUACGGAAGGGAGAGAUAAUGUCUUAUCUGCGGCUUUCCUUGCGGGUGAUUCUUGCAGCUUCUUCUCUUACAACUUUUUAAGUUGGCAGCAGUUUUCUUACAACAUUGCAGCCCUAAAUUUAGCUUUUUUUAUUAUAAAUUUAUUGCGCGUUAUCAUAAGACCACUGGCAUUUGCUAAGAAGGUCAACUGAUUGAUGUUGCGAGGAUUUUUGUGCAAGUUAUUGCAGCUAAAUUACUGUACCUUUUAACUGUGUACCUUGCUUCCGAGAUCUAUUUUUGUGUUUAUUUUACCUUUAAGAAAUCGUCUCCAUUGCUCCCUGGUUACAGCCACGGAUGUUCCACUAAUUACGGCGUCUAAUUAACUUCAAUGUAAUUCGGUCACGAUGCACUUUAGACGUUGAUGAUUCCAUCCCUGUUUUGUCUUUGCUUUCGAUACACGUAUUUUACGGUUUUUUCAUAUGACUUUACUUUUUUUUGUACUGUCCCAAUCGUUUCCACUAACCCAAAUUGUGGGGUUCAAGUAGCCGUAAACCCGUUUUAUUGUUGCCCGAAUUAGGAUCCUUGAGUCUGGAGACCUAUCAGCCGCUCAUUUGAGCAUGUAAAUUAAGACGGGUGUGAAUAGAUAUUCUGGUUAAUUAAACCCGCGUAACCAGACAUUGAUUCGGGGGCAUCGAACAAACAAGGAGGCUGAUCGGAGUGUUUGUAAACAUGGAAAAUUAAGGUCGGAAUAGUAAUGACAGAGGAAGUGCUAGAGGGCAGAGAAUAUAUGUUAUUUACUGGCAGGGGAGGUACUCAAAGUGCGACGCUCAUAUUGUGAGGAAAGGCCUGGCAAAAAUUUUUUUGUAAAAUAAUUUUUUCUAACAGAUAUGUGCAAGAUUUUGAGAUCACGGAUUAUAGAAAAAAUGAGAUUUUUAGUUUGUAGGUAGGUAAUUUUGACGUGAAAAAGCCCAUCGGCAUAGAGUGUUUUAUAUACCGGCAGCCUCUGCAAAGCGCAAGCUAAAAUUUUCGGGUAUUUUUUGUGUGGCCUAUCCCUUUAUGUUGUACAAAAUGUAAAGAAAAUUUGAGCCUUGCACUUUUAAGAUUCUCCUGUAAAUAGUGCUCGCAUUGCAGAAAAUCUACACUCCAUCCCAUGCACGUUACAAUAACUCACCUCUAACCCGGAUAUGUGGAAUUCCCACGAGGCCAGACCGCGCCUUCCUAACGUACAAAAGGCGUUGUUGCCGUUGCUCCCUCAUUUCCAGCGGAUGCCUUUGAGUCGGCUCUUUUUCGUCGUUUUUAUUGCCUCAUUCCUAUUGCCGUUGCAUCCCAAAAGUAGCAAUUGAGGGUUUUUAUGUUUCUGCUGGAUCUGGGCGGGUUUUAGAGGGCUUACAAAAGGGAUUGUUUACGGUGUGAUUUGAAACGCAAAUGGUUUUUAAAAGAGGAAAUUGCACUUUGCAUUAGGGAGAAGUUUGUCAUCUGGGGAUUCUCAGGAAGUUACUGUAUAUUACUGCCGAUGUGCACUUUGAAUUUUAUUUCAAUUACAUAGAAAGCUGUUAAGGCACGUGAUUUCGCUCAGUCUGAUAUGUUACAACCAAUGUUUUCGCUGUUUUUCUUGUUGUGAAAUAAAAAUCGUUGACUCAUUGGGCGCACUGUAUUCUAGCCGGCCAUUUAACUGACUACUGUCUUUCCCAGACCGCCUAUUUAUUUUUUAAAGUCGUUUUUCUCAAAAUUUAUUCAGUUUUCCCUCACUGUCCACUCCCCAAAAGAUGGCUCAUCGGAUGACUGGGUUAUGAAUAUAGGUUACCUAUCAGCCUCCGACCUCGUAUCAUCUCGUGACCUCUGUCCCUCAUUUGCAUAUAAAAGCCGAGACCUCCGCCGCCUUUUCGGGACCGUCUUGCUUUGAGUGAGGGGGAGAGGGCAUACCUGGGUCCGCGCAUUCCGAUCGGUCGCGUCUUUAAAUGCCGCACUGUAAAAAAAGGAACAGGGCUCUGGAAAAAAGGUUAUAUUUUCAAAUGCUUGUGGGUUUUGUGGACAGAAUAGUGAGAAAGGGGAUUGAGAAUGGCCGGUUGAUCGAAUCGUGAUUUUUUAACAGAAUAGAGCACUUCUUGCCGUUUUGACUGAUAUUUUUAAUAGAUUUUAGUAUUUUCCAUGAGCUUAGUGAUCAAUUUCGUUAGGCAUUUCCUUUACAACCCCCCUUACAAUUUUUUUUCAAAUCCCCCAAUCUUUUGCACUCUCUGAACUCCGUCUUGCGCAUCCCGCACUUCAUGUCAUCGUUUACAAAACAGAGUAAAUACAUAUCUUCUAAACCCCAAAAAACAGACGAAACGGGCGCCGUGUGGAAAUGAACACAUUAUAAAAACGAUUUCGGAAGCGAUUAAAAUCGGCAUCGAUCCAUUCGGACUUGUUCAUGCCUGAUGCGGUUGUCAUGACAAUACUAUGGCUGGAUGUCGCGCAUUCCUCGAUUUAUGAACAUUUUGCAGUGGGAGGGGGCUAUUAGGGAGUGGGGCGAAAAGGGGAAAUAUUAUGCAAAUAUGGAAAGGGUUAUUACGGCAUAACAGGAGUUAGGUAGAGGUUGUUAUUAUGGGGGCUUGAAGUUAGGGCUAAAAUUUAUUUAUUGAGACAACUCUGUCCUAUGUAAAAUACGUCCAUUGAUGAUCGUUUCACUAGCUAUUUUUAUAUCCACCACAAUUAAAACAUGGUUCCUUGUUAUUUCCAUACUUUCGCACUCUUGUAAUCCCCCAUCUUAAACAGUUUCCCACCCAGUAAUCCUCUUGAUUAUCGCCGCUUCGAGAAAUAAUUUUUGAUCGUCUUUAAUUUCCUCCCGUUCCGAGAUUAAUCUUUUGCUGAUCUGCACAGUGUCCCCCCAUACACAAAAAAGAGAGAAGAAACAGAAGUGUUCGCUCAUAAUUUGCCUCCGAUCUUGGUUCAGAUAAAUAAAUGAACGGUCGAGGGAGGCCGGUUUCGAACAUCUUUAGCCGUCUUGGGGGUGAAAUUUGAGAGGCGUAUGUAAUGUUGCAAAACGUUUUUUUAUAACUUACUGUACCUUUAACUGGGAAUUUCAUUUCGGCAAGGAUUUUUCUGGGCAAAUUAAAGUUGUUGCUUUGACAGUAAUCCUAAAAAAUUUUAGUCAAUAGGUUGAAAUGCCUUCUAGAUCUCAUUAACGGAUAGCCAGAGGGUCUUUUUAGUAGCUAACUCAUCUUAAAGAUGCUGAUAGGCAACUUCCCCAUUCCACAUUAUUAAAUCGACAAUAACAAAGCAAUGUAAUGCCCUGCUUUAUUACAACUUGUUUUCUAACAAGUUGUAAUAAAACAUUGUGACGAUUCAUCCUUUCUUUUCUCUUAUAAUAUUCAUUAGUUAUUAUUACACAUCCUCCAUUGACAUCUGCCAAAACAAAGUUAAUCUAUUUAGAAGAUGAAUCACGUGUCAAUCAUCUCUCUUUAAUUACAGCACAUUGCUUACCCUUUUACAGUGAAAUAAUUUGUUCCUUUCGGAUUGAAAUCUUUUCAAAAUUCAACAGUAAGCAUCUGUAAUUACCUGUCCGAAUUCUUGUUUUUGUAUUUCUUUUAUGGCUAAUUGUAGGGUGCCAUCAGCCUUGAAUUCUUGUUUUUUCGGGCUCCCCUUCACACAUCUUGUUCGUUUACCUUGCUUUACUGUGUUUGGAGCUCGAAUUACAUGAGUGCGAAAUUGAAUAAAACGCCUGUUAAUCGGCGAUUUUAGACAAUGCAAACAAAGGGCCCAAUCUAUUCGAAGAAUGACCCCAAACCCUCGGGCAAAGAGCGUGGGAAACGGUUUUUUGUACUCGAAAAUUUACGCUGAUGGAUAGUGAUUGGAGGAUGAACAUUUAAGGAUAAAAAACAAUAUUGAUCCAAUAUUGUUUUUGCAACAUCGGAUAUGUUCUAGUUUUCCCAAAACGACCAUCUCCAUGACCGAUUUAAUUCAAAUUCUCCUGCCUUUUAUGUCAUCACUCGGAUUAAUCGCACUUCCUCGACCGUCCUUUACGGUUCUGCAAACAUUUUGUCAUAUUAAUUUGAGCGCAAACAUGGGAAACGGCACGCGUAAAGCCCCAAAAACCUGGGCUAACCCUGCGAUUCCUCCGCCCGCUCUUGAGGUAACCCCACUGUUUUUCGCCAAACUUUUCUCGCCGAUCGUCUCUUGCCACAGCCACUUAACCCCGCCGUCUUUUGCCAUAGCCGUAGUCGGCUUCGGCUCGCCUAUAUUCUCGACCGAGAAUAUUUGUUUGUUCGGGGUUUAAACCGCGCACCGUAAAGGUUUGUUUUCGUAUAUUCUGUGCGUCCAAAAAAAACGUCAACGCCCUCAACGCCUUCUCAACUCCUCGCGCUUAACUCGCGUUUCACCUGGGCCUCGUUAUCUGCGCGCUGACUGGAGACGAGAGUCGCCGCUACUUUCCUCCUCGCUCCUCUUCCCCUUCAAGUUUCCCUCCACUUCAGAUUUUAUUGUUUUCCGUCAAAAUUUUGCGAAAAUGUUUGAGCGAUUUUAAUUGAAAUCUUGACGGGGUUUGAAGAUAAUCUCCCGAUGACACUUGUAAUUUGUGAUAUUCGUUUUUUUCAGGCCAAGCUGUCGGCGACUCCCACUUGGCAGUCUUGAAUACGGCCGAAAUGAACGCCAUCGAGGCCGAGUUGGAUGGCCUGGUUGGGCGGCUGAAUGUUGAGGUCAAAGGUGAGGAUUUGUUACAUUUUUACAUGUAAAUUUGUCUUCUAUCACUCUGUCUAAACGCAAAUCUCAUCCAUAAAUUUUUAGCCAUCAUCGGGUUUGCUCGUCUUGCCUCCGGCGAUAUUUUCGAAGUCUCCGUGAAGCAUGGCUCGCAGAAAUGGAAAACCCGAGGCAAAACGCAGCCGGAUCGCGCGCAACGAUGGGAUAGUCCCGGCCAUAAUUUCACUUGCUACCCAGAUCAUCCGAUUAUGGUCAAGGUCACGGAAGUUCGUCUGAUACGAUCGGUGAAACUGGCGGAGAAAUCGUUCGAUCCCACUAAAUUCUUCUCACCUCAGCCUCAAUUGGUGACGAUGAAUUUGAAUUCCUUGGGCAGUUUGAAACUUCAGAUGGUCGUUUCCUGGCUGUAAGUUCUAAUUACUCCCCCGUGAUAGUCUAAAUCUGUUUUCAAUCAAACAAAGUCUUUUUGUAGACCACUAAUGACCUCCAAGAACAUGAAUCAACAGCCGAACUACGGUGCUCCACAGUUCAACCCCGUAAAUCGAAGUCUUUCCUUGGCCAUGACAAGGAAUGGAUCGGUUGACAAUGGAAAUGAGAAGGCCGGAGAACCACCGAUAAAAGUCUGUCUACGCGAAAAGAAACGGGGGCGUUCUCAGCAGCUAAAGGAUCAGAAGAACUGGAGGUCCUCCACAACUAUUCUGGACUCUGUUUAUAAGGACCUGUCAAAGAGUAUACCAGCUAUUGAUGAUGUAAGGAUUUUGAUUAAAUUCGUGAAUAGUCUACUUUUUAAUACUAAAAAACCGUUUGUUUUAGCUGACCGGCCUCACGGAUAAAUAUCAUCACAAGUACAAUCAGUCGGAAGGCCUUCCCAACCGAACCUCAACAUAUAACACUCGUCAGCCUAAGCCGCAUUUGGGCACGUAUAUGUUGACAAAACAGGGAUUGGAGGAGGAGAACUGGGCCCGCUCCAUUUCCAUGCAUCAUUUGGCCACGAAUGAGCAUAAAAAUAAGCAAGAAGGCGGAACAAUGUCUCGUCCAGCCACCAGCAUGACUGAUUCCGAUGAUUCAUCUGGCGUCUCGUCGAUGACCAGCCAAAAACAAUCUUGCCGAGUGGCUGACAACAUUUUGGAUCUGAUGGAUAAAGUGAGAGCGGCGUUGGUUCCAUUGAGAUGCCAAGAAUACGCAGAGUUGGCAACAUUCGAGAGUUGUAUGCUCAAUUGGGAGGCGUUGGUCAAGUUGAAUCGAGCUGUUUUGCUGGAACAAUCUCGUUCCUGUUCGCGAAGAUCGACUGGAAAUCUGAAUAGGUUGAACAAGAGGGCUUCCAUGUAUCAUAUCCAGCAUUCUCCUUCAACCCUGAGUGAUGAACUCGACGAGCCUUUGCCAGUGUUUGAGAAUGACAGUGGAAUUGACAGUCUGCGGCAGAACACCUCGCCCUAUAAUCAUCGGCAAGAAGGGAGUUUCGGUGGCACAGCGAGUCGAGGCCCGGCUCAACGAAGGUUCAAGCAGUUCAAAGAGCGAAGAAAGAGUCUGGGAAUCGUAUUAGACAAUGAAUACGACCGAUUCUUUGGAGCCUACAAUGAGGGCGCCUUACUUUCGAGACAACCAUCGACGGUUGGGUCUUCGCCAGAUUCUCAUCGAAAAGAAUCUACCGCCACUGGGAAUCAUGAACUUGAUUUGUGUCUAGAACAUCAUACUAAACAAGCUCUUGACUUGCUAUCGGAUCUACAGAAACAAAAAGGACCCUUCGAAUAUCAGCUGGGAUUACUGUUGAAUCAGAUCGAGCAGACCACGCUGGCGUUGGAUGAGAUGCUCAAAAUCGCCGACCAACUUCCCAAUCCGAUCAAUGUGGUCAUGUUGUUGAGAGAGUUGGGAGCCACCACGGAUCAACAAGAUGUUUGGAUAUCGACAGCGAGAGCGGUUCAGGGGACGAUCAUGGUCCCGGCGGAAAGAUUAAGGAUGAAUCUGAUCUCAUUUAUGACCCCGAUCGUUGAGAAUUGUUAUCCCAAGUUGGUGGAGCGAGUGGCGGACUCGUUGAUGGACUUGAUGGGCAACAAAAUUACAGAGAGUGAUAAUAUGGUCAGCGUGUUUGAAUUCACAUCCCUCUUCCAAGGCAAAUUAAUGGGACCGUUCGUGGAGAACCUGGCGCAUGAAGGUAAGCAAAAUGUCAUCUUUCAUACUUAUAACAAAGCCUGAAAGAAAAAUUGUUAUAAUUGACAUUUCAGCUUUUAUUACGUCUUCACUCGAAUCAAACAACAUAAAUUUGGUCAGAGACGUCAUGGAUCGACUUCGGAAGGUGCCAAUUGUACCACCAUUGGAGAGUUUGCGGUUCGUUGGAAAAGUGCUGUUGUCUGAGAACAGGGACUGUUGUAUAGCUGUUGGUAGGUCUAUAACUGAACUAUUAACCAUGCGGCUAUGAGAUUUGAAAGCAAUUUUCAUUUGGAACUGUUGAUCUUAUAAUGUUUGGUGCUUUCAGAGCGCUAUCUUAACUACGCCUCCGAUGGCUUGAGGAACGAUCUGGCUGGAAGUUUCUGCAGUCUUCUGGAGCAUCGCCAGCCCGAAUCGAGGAUGGGAGCAUGCCGGGCAUUGGCUGUGUUAAAGGUAUACGAGAUUUCUUUUUCACUCUACUAUAUUUGUCCUAUUGUCACCCAUUCUAAUCUCUGUACUUAAGCUUGACAGCACGAUCGAACUUCUUGACAUUGUUGCUAAACAAGACGAAGAUCAGCAAGUGCGAUCGGAAGCCCGACGCUCCAUGGAAUCCAUCCAACGGUUCUUCGGUGACUACCAGGAGAUCACCAAGAUUUGA